UUUUUCUUUUUUUUUUUUUUUGUGAUGAAUUUUGGGUUAUUGGUGUUCAGGUUUCAAGUAUUUUAUUUAGGUGUGAAAACUUUGAUAGAAUCUGGGCAUGAACAGGUCUAUGAUGCUGUUGAGAAGCCUCUGCUUUUUGCUCAAACUGCUGCCUUUUUGGAGAUACUUCAUAGUCUAGUAGGUUUGGUAAGAUCUCCAAUAUCAGCAACUCUGCCACAGAUAAGUUCAAGAUUAUAUGUAACCUGGGGAAUUUUGUGGAGUUUCCCCGAGGUCCGUACUCAUAUACUUGUUAGUUCCCUAGCGAUUAGCUGGUGUAUAACAGAGAUUAUUCGAUAUUCAUUUUUUGGUACAAAGGAGGCAUUCGGUUCUGCUCCUUCCCGGCUCUUGUGGCUAAGGUAUAGUACCUUCUUGUUGUUGUACCCUACUGGCAUCACAAGUGAAGUUGGUUUAAUAUAUAAUGCCCUGCCUUACAUGAAGGAAUCUGAAAAGUAUGCUGUUAGGAUGCCGAACAGAUGGAAUUUCUCUUUCAAUUACUACUAUGCAGCACUUGUUUGCCUUGCCAUCUAUGUCCCAGGAAAGAACCUUAUCAUUCUCUUACUAAAAGCAUCUGCUUUUAUGGCUCGCAUAUGUCGCUCUGUCUCUUUAUUCGUCGAGUUUACUACAUUUCUUUACAAAUUUUUUUAUUAAAAGCUGUGAAUUGAAAUGAUGUUGCAAAAUGCAGGGUGUCCUCACCUGUACAGAUACAUGCUUGGGCAGAGAAAGAAAGCACUCUCUAAAACAAAAAAGGAAUAGGCUUUAUUUUUAUGUCUAAAUUCAGCUUCUUGGAAUUCUAUUUGGGCAGAAAUGAUGUAAUUUUUGAUUUUUUUCUGAUCCAUUGGAAACUUUUCACCUAUUUUUUCUGA